UUAUUGCUGCCUUUUCCGGACACGUUAUAGUUGCAUCAGACAGAAACGACAGACAACGACUGUCAUGGCAAGCACAGAAGAACAAGCCUUUGACUAUGGUGUCUUGCUGCUUAAGAGAGAGGAGGGCAGCCUGGAAGCCCUGAAUGCGUACCUGAGCUCCCGAAGCUACCUGUCCGGGUUCAGGCCAUCUCAGGCCGACCACAAGGCCUUCUGGGCUCUCUGCAGGGCCCCGGCUGCAGAACACACGCACGCCCUGCGCUGGUACAGACACAUAGCAGCCCUGCUGGGGGGCCCCCAGACCGGCCCCUGCCCAGAGAGCAGUUGUAAAGCAAAACGAGAACAGCCUUCCUGGUCGGCACCAGUUGGAACAAAUGUUGCAGAACUGCGACUGUACAAUAGUCUAACACGCACAAAGGAGCUGUUUGUUCCACAGAAUGGGAAGCAGGUGCUGUGGUAUUCCUGCGGGCCGACCGUCUACGAUGCCUCACACAUGGGACAUGCCAGAUCUUACAUUUCCUUCGAUAUCCUCAGAAGAAUACUGAUGAAUUACUUCAAGUAUGACGUCCACUACUGCAUGAAUAUCACAGACAUUGAUGAUAAAAUAAUAAAGCGUGCCAGACAGAACUACUUGUUUGAGCAGUACAAGGAGAAGAACCCACAGCCUGCGCAGAUACUGCAGGAGGUUCUGGAUGCCAGAGUGCCCUUCCAGGCCAAACUGGCUGAGACCACAGACCCAGAUAAGAAGCGAAUGCUGGACACCCUGGACACGGGCGUAGCUGCAGCGCUGGUACCGCUGCAGAUGGCGCUGGAGCAUCAACAGGCAGAUGCACAGGGCAGGGCACAGGUGCUGUUGGAAGAAGCCAAAGACCUGCUUUCUGAUUGGUUGGAUAACCAGUUUGGCAGUCAGGUUACAGAGAACUCCAUAUUCUCUCUUCUCCCCAGUUACUGGGAAGGAGAGUACCACAAGGACAUGGAUGCCUUGAAUGUGUUGCCCCCGGACGUGCUGACGAGAGUCAGCGAGUACGUUCCAGAGAUUGUGGAGUUUGUGAAGAAAAUAGUCAGCAAUGGCUAUGGGUACGCAUCGAAUGGUUCUGUUUAUUUUGACACGGCCAAGUUUGACGCCUGCCCGCAUCAUUCCUACGCCAAGCUUGUUCCUGAAGCAGUUGGUGAUCAAAAGGCACUGCAGGAAGGAGAAGGAGACCUGAGCAUCUCUGCAGAUCGGCUAAGCGAGAAGAAAUCCCAGAACGACUUUGCCCUGUGGAAGGCCUCCAAGCCUGGCGAGCCGUCCUGGGAUUCUCCCUGGGGGAAGGGCCGUCCAGGGUGGCAUAUUGAGUGCUCUGCGAUGGCUGGGUCCAUCUUGGGAGAGUCCAUGGACAUCCACGGGGGGGGAUUCGAUCUCCGGUUCCCUCACCAUGACAAUGAACUGGCUCAGUCAGAGGCUUACUUUGAGAAUGAUCACUGGGUUCGCUACUUCCUGCACACUGGUCACCUGACGAUUGCAGGAUGCAAAAUGUCCAAGUCUCUGAAGAACUUUAUCACCAUUAAAGACGCCUUGGCCAAGAAUACCGCUCGGCAGUUGCGUUUGGCCUUCCUCAUGCACUCCUGGAAGGACACCCUGGAUUACUCUGCCAAUACCAUGGAGGCUGCCAUCCAGUAUGAGAGGUUCAUGAACGAGUUCUUUCUCACAGUUAAAGACCUCCUGCGAGCUCCUCGAGACAUCACAGGGCAGUUUGAGAAGUGGGAAUCAGCAGAGAUGGAUCUAAACCAGAGUUUCUCCCAAAGGAAGCUCCUUGUCCACGAAGCUCUGUGUGACAACAUGGAUACGCGUGUUGCAAUGGAGGAGAUGCGGGCACUGGUCAGCCUUAGCAACACCUACGUCGCCAGCAAGAAGACCUCCAAGCUGCAGCCCAACCGCCUGCUCAUCAAGGGCGUCGCUGUGUAUCUCACUGAUAUGCUCAGGACAUUUGGAGCUAUUGAAGGGACAGAGUCUAUUGGAUUUGCUGUUGGAAGAAAAGGCCAGUCUGUUGAUCUGGAGAGCACAGUGAUGCCUUAUCUGGAAGUUCUGUCAGAUUUCAGAGAGGGGGUUCGAAAAAUUGCCAGAGAGCAGAAAGUGAGCGAGGUGCUGCGGCUGUGCGACGCCGUGCGGGACGACACGCUUCCGGAGCUGGGAGUUCGUCUGGAGGACCAUGAAGGUCUUCCCACGGUGGUGAAGCUGGUCGACAGAGAGACGCUGCUAAAGGAGAAGGAGGACAAGAAGAGGAUGGAGGAAGAGAAGAAGAGGAAGAAGGCCGAGGCAGCAAGGAAGAAGCAGGAGCAAGAAGCAGCUAAACUGGCAAAAAUGAAGAUCCCACCUUGUGACAUGUUUCGCUCUGAAACUGACAAGUAUUCCAGCUUCGAUGACGCGGGUCUUCCAACGCAUGACAUUGAGGGCAAGGAGAUCAGUAAGGGCCAAGCCAAGAAGCUGCGUAAACUACAGGAAGCUCAAGAGAAACUGUACAACGAGUUCCUUCAGAUGAACCUGGAUGGAAGAUAAGAGAACAUGCUUCCAGGCACCUCUAGACACAGCUCCAGGUUGUUCCGAGGGCCCAGUCGUACCUGCAGCAGCUGUCCUCUCCAGGUUAGGGUGUCAAGGAGUGCAGUACAUUCUGCAGUCUGCUUCACAGUUAUGAAUGCUCAUAAAAUGAUGUUCCCACUUUCUUGUCGGUAAAUGUCUAAAUAAAUAUAAAUUUAGCAACCGAA